AUGACGUGCUGGAGGGAGCCAGCAGGUGGUGCAUUGGAGCUGGAGUCAAGCAUGAAAAGAGGGCAAAGCCUGAGCCUUCUUCAGCCUGCGGGCGAGGUCUGCAGGGAGGGCUGUGCAUCCCAGCCCCCACCCCCAGUGAAAAAGCCACCCCCUGACAAUCACUUGAAAGCAGUAAAGAUCCAGGCCUGGUGGCGGGGCACCUUGGUUCGUAGGACGCUGCUGCAUGCUGCACUAAGAGCGAGUAUCAUUCAGUACUGGUGGAAGCAGAAGCUGGCAGAGCUGCUGGAGAAGAGACGGCGGGCUGCACUGGAGUAUUAUGCCCGGCAAAACUGGGCAGCAGUCAGACUCCAGUCUUGGGUCCGCAUGUGGCGUGUCCACCUUCGUUACUGCCGUUUGCUUAAUGCUGCCCGCAUCAUCCAGGUCUACUGGCGCUGGCAUAAUUGCCAUACCCGUGGCUUUUUCAGGGGCAGCUAUGAAAUCACAGCAAGCCAGCUAAGACUUGAGCUUGAGAUCUUUCUGGGGUCACAGGUCUGUCGGAUUACAGACUGCAUCCCCUUCCCAAUAAAGAAUUGACCAGGUCGACUCCAACACUGAGUCAUGACAGGCACUCCAACACUCUGUCAGACAAGCUCCACGAGGUCCUUGUCUCGGCAAAAGGUCAAGGUAUAUGGUGGCAGAUAUUGGGCUUCUCACAGGUCAGCUCUGUGGGAGCGGCAGGAGUUGUCUGCAGUCCCAUGUGGAGGAGGAUUUUAGGAGCCAGGUGCUAGAUCAGCAGAGUCUGUGCUUGAUUAGUAAUGUCUGCCGUGGGGAGGCGAGAUGGCAUUGCAGGGCCACCGAGUCAGCCAGCACCAGGGAAACUGCUUUAUAGCGAGGUCUGUGUUUAUGGUGCCCCC